CAAUUGUUUUUCCAUUAACUCUUCUCUGUAAAAGCUCAAACUCAAUCUUCUUAACAAUGGCGGAAACAGAAACGCAUAGUUCGGAAGCGGAAAGCUAUACGAAUUCAUCGUCUUCUACGCCCAUGCAAAACUCUGUUCUUCUGGGCGGCGCAGAGGCGAAAACUCCGGCGAAAUGGCGCGGGAAGAGAGGCAGAGAGAGUGGGCAUAGACACCCGGUGUACAGAGGCGUGCGGAUGCGCAGCUGGGGGAAAUGGGUGUCGGAGAUUCGGGAGCCGCGGAAGAAGUCGCGGAUAUGGCUGGGGACUUACCCCACCGCGGAAAUGGCGGCGAGGGCUCACGACGUGGCGGCGCUGAGCAUCAAGGGGAGUUCCGCCAUCCUCAAUUUCCCCCACCUCGCCGCCUCGCUCCCUGCCCCGACGUCCCGCUCGCCCAGAGACGUUCAGGCCGCCGCCGCCAAAGCCGCCGCCAUGGAAGACCUGAAUUCUUCUUCUUCCUCCUCUUCUUCUCAUUCCUCUUCUUCUCUAUCCACGUCAGCAUCUUCCUCGGAGUGUGCGUCAGCAGCCACGUUGGCGUCGGACGAGCUCGGGGAGAUCAUUGAGCUGCCGCCUCUGGAGGGGAGCGUUGACUUUUUGGAAUCAAAUGCCGAAUUGACCGUGGCUGACGUGGCGGCUGAGGGGUGGGUGUAUCCGCCGUGGUGGGCGUCGGACGGUGAAGAAUUCUUUGGCUAUUUUCUUGAUCAAGAAGGUGUUAGUCUUGGAGAUUGUGUGUUUCCAGAGAGCUUUGGCUAAUUCAAUUAAGGUUUCUCUACUGCCCACUAAAAUACUAAUCCUAUAAUCAAUAAUGUUCGUUCUAUGUAGGAGUGCCGCACUUUAGUACUUUACAUUUCACUUUUAUCCAUCCUUUUGUAAUAUUUUGGUAGUAUGUGUAUAUAAAUGUAUAAUUUCUUAUAAUGUCAAUACAAAAUCAUACAUUUGGGUCUA